GUCGCUCGCGCUUCUGCUAGCUGCGCGUAAAGGUUGAAGCUACGCUUAAAUUAUAAAUGAAAAGCUGAACAAAAAACAUUAUGAGCGCAUUUUGCACAAAGUAAUAAUUGUUGUAAAUAUAUUGCAUUGAGUGCUGUGUAAACUAAAUAAAUAUUAAAUAAUUAAAGCUCUAUAAAUUAAAACAAAUGCUGUGCAGUGUUGCAAAUGUGCCAAUAACUGUUUAGAACAAUUUUGAAAAAUUUUUAAAUACAAUAACAAAGCUAGCACAAUAGACUCGAGCCAAAAUGCCAAAUGCCACGGAAAUAACAAAUGGCACUGACUCCAGAAAGCCAUUCAAAGUCAAGGACGUCACGCGCAACAUUAAAAAAGCCGUCUGCGCCGCAAGCCUAGAGGAGAUACGCACCAAGGUGGCCGAGAAAUUCGACAAGUGCGAACAGCAGCCGACCAUCCACUUGGACUCCGAUGGUACCGAAAUCGACGAUGAGGAAUAUUUUCGCACCCUCGAUGAGAACACCGAGCUGGUGGCUGUAUUUCCCGGAGAGCAUUGGAUUGAUCCCACUCACUACGUGACUAUAACCACGCCGAAUGCCGUGGCCAAUGGCAGCAUCACUGGUAGUCCGGAGAACGGCGACACCACGGAUGCCAAUAACUUGGAAUCGGCGCGUAUCCGCCAGCUGGUUGGCCAGCUGCAGAACAACUUGUGCAACGUUUCGGUCAUGAACGACGCCGAUCUGGACUCGCUAUCCAACAUGGAUCCCAACUCGUUGGUGGAUAUAACUGGCAAGGAGUUUAUGGAGCAGCUGAAGGAUGCGGGCAGACCCCUUUGUGCCAAACGCAACGCUGAGGAUCGUUUGAACUUGUUGAAACUGCUGAAGGCUGGCGCUAUUUUCUGCUCGGAACGCUAUCCGGAAGAUGCGGAGGCCAUUGAUCGCGAGAUUGGGCGGCAGCUGAACGAGGCAGAGAGCGGUCAGGUGACCACAACAAAUGUUAGCAACUCGCGCACCAUCGAGGUGGUGCAGUGCGACAAUCAGAAUACCACCAUUACCAUAACCGUCGCUGAGGCCACAACCACAUGCAGCACUGUCGAGGCGUCGACCCAAAACAACGAGGUUAAUGCCAAUUCGAACGGUAAUGGUGAUAUCUGACUGCCCAUUCUGGGCAGCCUUAGAUAGAGCCUGGCUGCCGGGGAGUAGCCGAAUUAAGGCACUUUUAUCAAACAUUGUUUUUACGCAAAUCAAAGGAGGAGAAAAUGAAGAAGAAAACGAACAGAAGAAUCAGUCCUGCAACAUUGGGUUAACAUACACGUAUUUCUAGCAUAUACUUAGGCGCUGCGAAUGGCCAAACGAACA